GAUUCUGUGUAUACCAACUACACACCCACCAUCUAACAGAGUCUGGCCUUGAAGCAAUAAAAACAACACAGACAGUGGCAUCAGCAACAGCUAAAAGUCGCACGAUCUCUCUAUUAACUGAAAACAGAACCCGGAUUUGACUCUAGCACAGAACAAUUCUGCUACAUUUCCUUCAAAUUUAUUACUGCAGAUUACCAUAUGUAGUCAAACAUUUAUCCGGAAACAAUGCUUAUGGAUCUUUAAUAUUGUGGGACAUUCAUGAGUCUACUUAUCGCUUCAGAAAUCCAUGUGACACCACCACAACCAGAACACAAACAUUUGGAAACUUUUCAUCUGACUUUGGAGCUUUACUGCAACGCAUACACAGGAAAGGAAUCAGAAUAACUUUCUUGGAGACCAGAGAUUUCCUCUCGGCUUUCUCCAAGCCAACAUGAACUCACUCAUCUGGACUUUGUGCCUGCUGCUAAUUAGUCGCAUGCCUGCAGAAGGAAAGAGACAACAACUCCAUGUCGAAAGCAAGACUGAAAUGCAUACUGUUGCUCAUAAUCGAUACAGGCGUUCACCUGAUAUCAGCAACAAAUGUUCUUACACUUUCUUGGUCCCACAUCAAAGGAUAACAGGUCCUAUCUGUGUAAGUUCAAAGAAUCCAGAUACAGACAACAAUGGGCUAAGUAAAAUGGAUAUGGAAGAGCUGAAGGAGAUUAUGUCCAAACAGAAGAGGCAAAUUGAAAACCUUCAGCUGUUAGUGGAAGUGGACGGAGGAAUAGUGAAUGAGGUGAAACUGCUACGGAAGGAAAGUCGGAAUAUGAACUCACGUGUAACACAGCUUUACAUGCAGCUCUUGCAUGAAAUUAUUCGCAAAAGGGACAAUUCGCUGGAAUUCUCUCAGCUAGAAAACAAAAUUUUGAAUUCUACAGCUGAGAUUCUGCGAAUGGCUACUAGAUACAGACAACUGGAACAGAAGUAUGCAGUAUUGUCUUCUCUUGUUAAUAAUCAAUCUGUGAUCAUAACUAAAUUAGAACAAGAAUGCAUACGUAGUCUUACUCCAAAGGACUACGAACCACCACCUCUCGUGCAAGUUGUACCACAAUCCAUUCCUCGCAGCAGGCAAUACCAGACCAAUUUAUUCGGCAGUAAUGAAAUACAGAGGGAUCAAAAUCCCGCAAUUGCACGGGAACGAGGGCUUCGCUCAAGAGCUCCUUCACAUGAACCUUCUCCUACAACUGCUACCAUUACAGAAUCACCAGUUACUGAGGAGUUAGAUGGUCCAUGGAAGGAUUGCUAUCAUGUCCAGCAGGCUGGAUAUUCAAACAGUGGCAUGUAUCUAAUCAAACCAGAAGGCACCGAUAAGCUAAUGCAAGUUUGGUGUGACCACAGCCACAAUGAGGGAGGCUGGACUGUAAUCCAGCGUAGGGUUGAUGGGGCAGUCAACUUCUUCAGGAACUGGGAGAACUACAAGAGAGGGUUUGGCAAUAUUGAUGGAGAACACUGGCUUGGACUGGAGAACAUUUACAGACUAACUGCACAGGGAAACUACAAGCUCUAUAUUAAACUGGAAGACUGGAAUGAUAAGAAAGUCUAUGCUGAGUAUAAUGCCUUUAGAACAGAGGAUGAGGAUGAUAACUACAGACUACGAGUUGGCAGCUAUCAAGGGAAUGCAGGGGACUCUUUAAUAUGGCACAAUGGCAAGCAGUUUACAACACUUGACAGAGACAGAGAUUCAUACUCAGGUAACUGUGCUCAUUUCCACAAAGGUGGGUGGUGGUACAAUGCUUGUGCACAUUCUAAUCUGAAUGGAGUUUGGUACCGUGGAGGUCAUUAUCGCAGCAAGUACCAAGAUGGAGUCUACUGGGCUGAAUUUCGAGGGGGUUCCUAUUCUCUGAAAAGUACGGUAAUGAUGAUCAAGCCUGAAUAACAGUCAAGAAGAAAUCACAUGUUCCGAAUGGAUACAGCUAUGAAAACACAGACUCAAAAUGUAGGGUUCUUUCAAAAGCAGAACAUGUGCUUUGUCAAAGAAGCAAUUUGUUUAAAAACGUUGAAAAAUCACUUAAUAUUGCUCCUACAUAUAUGGUUUCAUUACCUAUUAAAAUGCUAGAGGAGAAAGCAAGGAUCCACAUGACAUUAUUAUGUGCAUUUGUACUCAAUGCUCACUGGCUCUAAGUUGAACAACUAGCACCCUAAAGGAAACACAACCCUUCUCAUAUAGGAAAGCAUGAGGUGUAUCCUAUUUUUACCAGAUUACACUAUAACCCAACAAAAUCAGUUAUGACUAAUAUUUGAAUGUAUGCUAAUGUUGUAUUUUAUUAUAACAGAAACUUUUUGUUUAAUAAUCUGCUGUCGGACACAUCAGCUUUAUUAAAGAUAUUUGGAGAAUCCACAAU